AUGGAAGGUCUCUCAAUCCUGCGUGGCAACCAGGCCGGAAUUUCAGGAUGGCCCGAAGCUCCUACUUCAUUUAAGCCUCAGGACGUGGGUGCGACUCUCACGGGGUUCCAGAGGCCUAUCCGCGUCGAGGGAGAGAUUUACAACCUCGAGAUUGAGGGUGAAAUUCCAAAGAGCAUCGCAGGAACCUUCUACCGCAUCAUGCCUGACCCAGCCUUUCCGCCCUUCAUCAAGGACGACAUUUGGAUGAAUGGAGAUGGCGUUGUCUCAUCAUUUCGCAUCAAGGAUGGCCAUGUCGAUUUCAAGCAGCGUUACGUUGAAACGGAGAAGCUGAAGGCCGAAAAAGAGGCAAGGAGAGCACUUCUCGGGAGAUACCGUAACAAGUUCACUGAUGCCAUCGACUUCCGUGUCCGCACAGUUGCAAACACCACAGUCUUCCCGUUUCGGGACAAGAUCUUCGCGCUCAAGGAGGACGGACCCCCUCACGCCAUGGAUCCCAUUACCCUCCAAACCUACGGUGUGUGGGACUUUGAUGGGCAAUGGGAUAGUGAAACCUUUACUGCUCAUCCCAAGUACGACACCACUACUCGCGAGAUGACGGCAUUUGGAUAUGAAGCCAAGGGCGUCGCGACCAAAGACAUUCUUUAUGGGUCUUUUGAUAAGCACGGAAAGAUGACUGAGAAGGUUUGGUUCACGGCGCCCGUGUGUGGCUUUCAGCAUGAAAUGGCAAUGACGGAGAAUUUUGUCCUAUUCCCGAUCAUCCCGUCCCAUUGCGACUUGGAGCGUCUCAAGUCCGGCGGCUCCCACUGGCAGUGGGAACCCGAGCAGCCGUACUAUAUUGGAGUCCUUCCUAGGCGCGGAGCCAAGACGACCGAUAUCAAGUGGUUCUACGGCGAUAACGCAUACAUUGGUCACGUCGCCAACGCUUGGGAAGAGGACGGCAAGAUUCACCUUUACAUGGCUUACGCGGAGGGGAACAUCUUUGGUUUCUUCCCUGACAAGGACGGAAAGGCACCGCCACCUGGGACCUACCCGAACAAGCUCGCGCGCUGGAUCAUUGACCCCGAGUCAGACGAACUUCAUCUUUCGAAACCUGAGACCGUCAUUGGCCAAGACAACGAAUUCUUCCGUGUGGAUGAUCGUUUCGUCGGCUACAAGACUAGAUACAUUUUCGGUGCUAUUAAUGAUGACUCGAAUGGAGGUACCGACUGGGGUUUUGUCGCUCAACGCAUCGGAGGAGGGUUCCCACCCUUUAACUCCAUAUACAAGAAGGAUUUGAAGACAAACAAGAUCGACGUGUACUCUAACGGACCCUACAGACUGUAUCAGGAGCCUGUUUUCAUCCCUCGCAAUCUGGACGCCGAGGAGGCUGAUGGAUACCUGAUCGGUCUGACAAUGAACUAUGAGGAAAUGAUCAGUGAACUGGUCAUCUUGGAUACACGGGACUUGAGCAAGCACGUAGCUCUGUGCCGCCUUCCAUUGAAAUUGCGUAUGGGCAUACACGGAAGCUGGGUUGAUGACACCGACGUUGACGGCCACGCUGAGAUGCCUACCAAGCCUUGA